AUGCCUCUUGCUGGAGACGAGCUGGUCUGUCCCAAGUUCCAGCCCAACAUCUUCGACUCCACCCGCUGCCACGACUGCCUGCGCCAGAAACACCUGCACCACACCUGUGCCGAGCGCGCUCCCGAGCAGAGCGUCUCUGUGGCCGCGCACAGCGACGACAAGGACACCAGCGCCAAGGAUGACUCCGAUGUGCUGUCAGUGGUGAGUAGCUACUGUGAUGUCAGCAGAGAGGGGCAGGGCUUUGAGGACGGCUCCCUCUGCAUCUUGAGUCCGGACUGUGACCUCUACCUGUGUGACGGAGACGACGACCAAAGCUCGGACAGUCAGGGUGACGAUUCCAUCUACAGUAGCUCUACUGGAACAGAGGAAUACUCCAGCCUCCUCAAUCAUCCUUCAUCUUGCCAUAGAAUGACCCGCUUGGAUCAGCCACCGUACCGGGCGAGCCCCCGAGGAUGGACGGAGAUGUCCCAGAGUCGCCGUGAUGGUCUUGGGCAGUUCGGUGUUUCUCACGGCAGCCAGAAGGAACGGAGGGAACGGGAGAGUGGAUAUUUCUCUCUAGGAAGGGCUGCGGGCAGCAGAGCUGUCCUUGAGCAAAGCCCUCCCUAUAGACAUUCAGAGAGAGGACAUCCCCUGCCAAGCAACAAAAGCCCCGAACCCAAAGCCACCAUUCCAUUUCGAAACCCGGAUCUGGGCGUUGCUUCUGAAAGGAGGACCUCUGAGUUUCAGAAUGCUGAUCAAAUUGAAGAAAACUACCCUCCGGAGCCACUGGAUCUCAGUCUGGAGGUGGAGGCCCUUGCUGGGCCCCGGGCCCUGAGUCCCACUCCUUUCAAACAAGCAGAAUCACUCAGCGGCUCUGGUCGAAGAGCUGGACGGAAUGCCCACACAUCUCCCAUACGGCAGUAUGGAACACUCGACUCUCACCAAAGAGGUUCUGUCCUCUCCCGUUCUUCCUCUCCUUCCCCGUUCAGACGGGCCGAGUCGAGCUCCUCUCUAAACACGGUUGGCUUUCGGUCGGGCGGAGUUUCGCAUGGACCAGAUCGGGCAUUGGUCAAUCCGACACGGAACAGCUACUCUGGAAAUCUCCGAUCAUUUGCGAGCACUGCAGGCACAGUCAGUAGCAUCAAUAAGUCUCUCUCUCACAUGGAUCUGCGAGGCACUUUACGGAAACCCGAGACCAACCGCUCCUUCCCAGAAAGCCGUGGAACCUCAUCUCCUUCCAAACGGAGUUAUGAAGGUCCUACUGUGAGGAAAACCGAAACAAAAAGCCCUGGUCACAACAAACAGAGUUCCUUCUCCUCAGUGGGACGCAAUGAUUCAAGGAGCCAGUCACCUUCCAGACAGAGUUAUGAUAGGAAAACUGAAACGAAAAAUCUUUCAUAUGAGCGUGGACCUGAUAGACAGGGAAUCUCCUCCUCUUCCAUCUUGAAAAGCCACUAUGAUUCCCGAAGUCAGUCCCCUUCCAGGCAAGGUUAUGAUAGGAAAACUGAAACAAAAAGUCUUUCAUAUGAGCGUGGUCCUGACAGACAGGUAAUCUCCACUUCUUCCACCUUGAAGAGCCGCUAUGAAUCCCGAAGUCAAUCCCCUUCCAGACGGAGUUAUGAUAGGCAAACCGAAACAAAAAGUCCUUCAUAUGUGCAUGGUCCUGACAGACAAGGAUUCUCCUCCUUGAAGAGCUGCUAUAAUUCUCGAAGCCCGUCCCCUGUGCGAAGGAUAGAGAGCAAUGGGAUAUCAAGUCAGAUUCAAGAGAGUCGACGAAGUGCAUCUCCAGUCAGAAAGGGUUAUGGAAAACCAAGUCAAUCAGAUCCAAGAUCAAUGUCUAAUGGGUUGAGCCAUGAGAGAAAAAGCCCCUCCCCAUCAAGAAAAAGCUAUGAAACGCAAAGCCAAGCCACAAUGAAAAAAACAGAAGCAAAAAGCUCCCUUCACAGCUACAACCGAGAGAGCCGACACAGUUCCCCAAGUAGAGGUCAUCACCAAAUCCCUGGCCCAUCAUCACUUCGUAAGUCCGAAACGAGCAAAUCAUCAAAAAACCGUGGCUCUGAAAGCCGCAGUCCUUCCCCCUUAGGUCAUAGCCAAUCUCCUCCUCGCAAGUCAGAGAGUGGGCGGAGCCCCUCUUUGUCUACACUGAGGCGUGAGAUUGCAGACCACGCCCCUCUGAGGAACACUGUGAGUGGCUCCGCCUCUUAUGUAAGAAACACAACACGUAACCAAUCACAGCACGAUUCGCCGGGACCCUGGAGAGGCUCCGCCCACUCUCUUCACAGCCAGUCAGUCUCACGAAACUCCUCCCCCUCACGCCACAGUAGUGAGAAGAAGCCAACUGGUUCCUUUACGAAAACCGCCUGGGAAAAGCCAAGAGAUGAAAGGAAGAAGAGCAGUGUGAGGCAGAACCUAGAAGCACAGAGCUCCACGUCUGACAACCGACGAGCACAGAGUCGACACAGAAGCCCCUCGCCUCCAGUCCAAAGACACACCUCUUCUCAGAGCUCCUUGGACUCCGAGUCGAGUCACCUCUCGGCCGGGUCGUCGGGUCUCAACCGGGAGGAGUAUGCCAUGAUGGCUGACCUUCCCAAGGUCAAAACGGUCUUCCGGAGGGAGAGUCCGAGCCAGCUGAAGAGGAUGGAGAGCAGACAGAAACGAGAGCUUUCCCGCUACAAACCGGCCAGUCACUCCCAGAGCAAAGCUCCUUCGGAUUGGGAUGAACUGGAGGAAGACAGAGAAAGUGGUACACUAUCAAGGGCUCACUCGUCCAGCUCCCUACACACACAGAGAGAGAGCAGUCCAGCCGCGGAUCAGACUGAGUCUGGCAGAAACCUGUCCAGAGCGUCAGGACAGAAACAGCAUCUGUUCUUCUGUCUGCAGCCUGACCUGCUGAACUUCAAGAAGGGAUGGAUGUCUAAACUGGAUGAGAGCGGAGAGUGGAGGAAACACUGGUUUGUGCUGACAGAUGCUGGGCUGAAGUACUACAGAGACUCUGCGGCAGAGGAGAGGGACGAGGUGGAUGGAGAGAUCGACCUGAAGGCGUGUUUGAAGGUCUCAGAGUUUGACGUGGAGAAGAACUACGGCUUUCAGAUUCAGACCAGAGAUGCGGUCUACACACUCUCCGCCAUGACGGCUGGUAUACGCAGGAACUGGAUCGAGGUCUUGAGGAAGAACGUCCAGCCCAGCAGCUCUCCAGACCUCACACAGCUGCCCAACUGCAGCAGCGAUAAAGAAAACACCCAUCAUUCCUCAUCCCUCCGCCUCCGCAGCCAAUCAGAGGCAACCUCCACCACCACAAACCCCGCCCACCGCAAAUUUGACUAUGUUGAGCUGUCACCGGUAACCACGCCUUCUGCCCCUGCCUCCACCAAUCAGAGAGAGUCGGGGGAGGGGCAGGUGAGAGAGCACAGCCAAUGGCAGGAGGAGCGGCUGCGUGCCGACGCCCACAGCCAGUGGGAGGCGGUGCUUUCGCGGAAGGGGACGGGCCACCAGUCGGAACAGAGACGAAUAGAGGAGGAGAUUGAGAGGAAGUGGGCGGAGUUUGAGCGGCUGCCACUCAAAGAGACGAGGUCACUCCCACUGGUGGGCUCACGGUCGUCAGCCAAUCAGGCGCUGGAGAGGGAGGUGGCGUCUCUGAGGCAGCAGCUGGCGGAGCUGGGGGCGGGGCCCGGGCGGGGGGCGGGGCAGUGUGGGGCGGAGUCAGGCUGCAGGGCGGUGCUGCAGCAGAUGGAGCGCACACACAGGGAGGUGCUGGAGGAGCUGGAGAAGCAGCACUCGCAGCAGAUCAGUGCACUGGAGCGGGAACGAGACGCACUGCUGAAGGAGGAGAGCGAUGCCACCGCACGAGUGAUGGAGGCGCUACAGAAAGCACACCGAGAGGAGCUGGAGAAAACCAGCCAGCUCCGAGAGACUCAUGGGACGGACUCACACACACUUGACAAACAGCAGCAGGCGGAGCUGGCGUCCCUGCGGCGGGAGCUGGCGUCUCUGUCGGAGCGAUACUCUCAGAAGUGUGUGGAGCUGACGCGAGCGCAGCAGCACAGUCUGGACGCAGAGCGACUCGUGAGCCAGAGAGACACACAGAUGGAGCAGCUGAAGAGAGACAACCAGGACCUCCAGGCGCGUCUCUCAGACGAGGUCAAGGUCAUUCGCUCUCUGGUCACAGGUCAAGGGUCAGACGGAGUGACUGAUGGCACUGAGAGGUCGUGGUGUGAGACACAGGUGCUGCUGCGUGUGCGAGAGAAUGAACUACAGUAUUUACACAAGCAGCUCAGCAGCCUCCGCAACCAGCUGCAGUUCCUCAGCACGGAGAAGAGCAGCGUGUGCGAGCGCUACCGUGAGGUGUGUGAGGAGCUGAGCGUGAUGAAGAGCCGAAGCGAGCGUGAGGCCGAGACGCUGAGAGAGCACCUGAGACUGGCACUGAGCGCACUGCACGAGGGACAGCAGACCGACAACACACACACUCACACACACACCUCCUGAGGGAGGAGCCUCACACACACACACGUGCCUUCAUUAUAGCCCAAUCAGCUGCAGCCGUCCCCACCGGCCAAUCAGCUGCGGGACACUGGAACAAACGCUUCUGCACUUUCUCAUGUCUCUCUGUGUUCGACUCCUGGGAGCAGAACUGGAACGCCUCACACACACACACACACACACACACACACACACACACGUGUGAGUAAUCGGAGUCUCCCUGGGUUCAUCUGCCAAACU